GCGCGCGCCGGGCUCCGAGGGGACGCGCGCAUGGAGGGGGUGGAGGCGGCCGCCCGAGAAGGGGCCGCGGUGGCCCGCGACCUGCGAGCCCUGGGAUACGAGGGCUUUCCGGAGGCGGCGUCGCGCGGCCCCUCGUGCCCAGACUUCAGGGCGCUGUGCGCGCGGCUGGCGGCGGAGCUGGCGACGCUGGGCGCCCUGGAGCGAAGGCGAGCCGAGGGCGCCGAGGUGCUGCGCGCCGGCGGCGGCCCCGACGCCCAGGAGGAAUUUGUGCGGCAGUUGGCCGGCCUGCUGCGGGAGCUGAACUGCCCCGACCGCGCGUUCGGCGGCGAGGACUGCGAGACGGCGCUGCGGGAACCCGGCGCAGGCCUGCGCCUGCUGCGCUUUCUCUGCUCCGAGCUCCAGGCUGCCCGUCUCCUGUGUCUGCGCCCCCAGCAGGAUGCCAACCCUGCGGAGUCUUCUGGGGAAGGAGCAGCGGAGGGAGAUGGCCCGGUCCACGAACUGGUCCUUAGCCUGCAAGCCCUGGGGCUGCCGAGACCCACGCGGGGGACUCCUGCCAGCCAGCUGCUAAGGGAGUUGCAUGCCAAGAUCUCGGAGCUGCUGCCUUCUCUGCCCCCCGAGUCCAUGCAGCCCCUCCUCAGCCAGCUGCUGGAUGCUCCCAGAUGGGAAGCACUGGAGACCCUGUCUCAAAGGCUGACAGAGCAGUACCGCUGCCGCCGCUGCCUGCUUCUCCGGCGCCUGGACCUCACCACGUCUGCUUUCCACUGGAGCGAGCGGGCAGAGGCCCAAGGAGAGGCCAUGAAGGCGGUGCUGACCCCGAUUCGAGAGGUUCUGACCCCAGACUCGACUGUCUCCAUCGCACAUGUCCUGGCAGCCCGGGCUGACCUGUCUCGUCUGGUGCCUGCCACCAGCAUGGCUGCCCGCCGAGGGACCUGCUGUGCCAUCAACAAGGUGCUCAUGGGUGCUGUGCCAGACCGGGGCGGCCGUCCAAAUGAACUGGAGGCUCCCAUGCCCACCUGGCAGAGCCGAAGGGAAGAUGCAGGCGGGCGCAGGGCAGGCCGCCAAAACUGGGGCCGCCGGAAGAAGAGGAAGUAACAGGGAUCCAGUGGCCGGUGGGGACGUGGGAGAAUGUGGCCUCCUUUCAGUCCUGGCCACGGGUGUCAUCUCCCUUGGCUCCCAGUACCCACGUCCCUCCUUGCCUUGCCCCUCAAUGCUGAGGCCCCAGACAUCCUACCUCCAACCAGGAUUCGAUACCAAGAACCGUGUUCUCUGCAAAAUAAAUUUAAUUGAUGGGAACUUUA